UCCAAAAAUAUAAAAAAAAACUUAAAAAACUUAAAAAUUAACAAAACGAAAAUGACAGCCGAAUCGUUUCGUUGCCUAACAAAAGCCUUUGAAAAUGUCCGCCAUUUUGCCGCCGCGGCCGCCGCUAUGACUCCCGUAUCGCUUAUUGGCGGCGAUUCUGACGAUAUGGACGACGAAUUUGACGACAACGAGUCGUACGACCGAAGUAGCAGUGGUUUCAUGAGUAUCAACGACAACGACAGCUCGGAUAUGGAUGCGGACAACGACGACGACGACUAUUCGCUGACAUCGCCGCCGCCGAUGACGGCCAACAAUAUUAGCAAUUCGUCGACAAAAGAAAACGAUAUGAUGUCGUCGUCRUCAUCGGUAUCGUCGCCGACCAAUACUAUGUCGGCCGAYGGCGKCGAYGAUUUGGACAACAGUUUAAGAUCAAGAAAACGAUUUCCGAAAUCCAGAACCCGAGCCCGUAGUCCGACUGUUGUGAAAAAAAUUAAGAAAAAUCGCCGAAUAAAGGCCAACGAUAGGGAACGUAAUCGUAUGCAUAUGCUUAACAARGCRUUGGAAAAGCUUCGUAAGGUUUUACCUGCCUUUCCCGAUGAAACCAAACUGACCAAAAUCGAGACCCUGAGGUUUGCCCACAACUAUAUCUGGGCGCUGUCCGAAACKGUGAAAAUGUUGGACUCCCGUGACAUUACUGGCCGAGACUCGACCAGUAGUAGUGCUGCUGCCGCAGCCAGACUGUCCUCCUCACAUCCGUCCAAUCAUCAAACAACGAUAAUACCACCGGAGCUGAUGGUAAACGUCAAGAUUGAAGACGGGUUGACAGCUAAGCAACUAAAUUGUGUGCAAAUAGUUUCACAAAAAGCAAACAUAAAGUGA